UCCAGCUCUACAUGUUUCUUCUCAAAGCUAUGAGCACGCACAUACUGCACAGUCUGACGACCACCGAGGCCAGGCAGAAGCGCUGACCAACCCCCCUUGUGCCACUGGCAAGUCCGCCUGUCGAGGACAAACUCCGCUUAUCUGCGCUAUUUCCGUCAUGACGCUGCUCAUCAAUAUUGACCUGACGGACGGCAUGCGAUACUAUAAGUCGGUCACGACAUCCACUUGACCAGACUCAAUUCGCAUCCACAGCAUCAGCACCGCCAGCAAUGGCAGCAUCGACAGACUCCAAGACCAUCGUCCUCAUCACCGGCGCCAACUCCGGCAUCGGGUACGAGCUAGCCUCCCAGCUCCUCGCAAAAGGCACCUACCACAUCCUCCUCUGCGCGCGCAGUCCCUCCAAAGGCGCCGCCGCCGUCGCAGCCCUGCGUGCCCAGCACCCAACCCACAGCAGCAACAUCACCUCCCUCACGCUCGACGUGACCUCGGACGUGACCAUCACCGCCGCCGCCGACAAAAUCGCGCAAGACUACGGCCGCCUCGACAUCCUCGUCAACAACGCCGGCAUCACGGCCGCGACGCCCCCGCUGCGCGCUCAGAUGCGCUUAGCCUUCGACACGAACGCGACCGGGCCAGCCGUAGUCGGCGAGGCGUUCGCGCCGCUCCUCCGCGCUGCCGCAGCGCGCGGCACCACGCCCCGGAUCGUCAACGUCAGCUCUGGCGCGGGCAGCAUCGCGAGCCGGCUGGACAAAACCGCCUUCAUCCACGACGCGGACUUGCUGCAGUACCGGGCCAGUAAGGCGGCGCUGAACAUGGUGACGGUGUGCCAGGCGUGGGCGUUUGCGGAUGUGGGCGCCAAGGUCUUCGCGUUUUGCCCUGGCUUUACGGUCAGUGAGAUUAGUCCGCAGAAUACGGCGGAGGCGGGGGCGAGGGCUACGCAGGAGAGUGUACUGCCCUUGGUCGAUGUGCUGGAGGGGAAGAGGGAUAAGGAGGCGGGAAUGUUCUUGCAUGAGGGUGGGACGUAUCCGUGGUAGGGUGGUGAAGGUGGUUUGGGGGCGGCUCUUCGUCUUUCUGUAACUAAGAAGGCUUCCUUUAGCACGUGGAUGGAGCCGUGCAUGAAUCCUCACCUAUCUACCUAUGAGUGCGGGCGAGGGGCGGUCAUGUGAUGCAAUUGGAUGCGCGAGCGGGGUUUCGGAAGCUGCCUACCUAGGCACAUACCUGAUUUGCUUGCAGUCGCCUUAUUUUUCUCUUCUUCUUCUUCUUCAUCUCACACUUCGCUACUACAAUGCCGUUGUCUCACGUCUGCGUCACUGCCCUGUCCGCCACGUCUGCUCGCGCAAUUUCACUGCUUUGUACAACGUUACAGCCGCCGGGUACCUGGCCUUGCUGACGUUGUUGUCGGAUUGCGGCU